UUGUCCAGUCCAGUCCUACCCUCUUGUCCUAUCUUGUCCGGCUACCAAACGCUACCCAAGUACACUCAAUAACGACAAAAUAGUGGAAUCUUGCAAACCGUAGUCGAUAGUAUGAAUAUUUGUAAUUGCUAAUAGGAAAGUAAUUUUGGAAUCAAGUUUUGCUGAAAUGAAAUGUUGCAUUUAUUUGCUAUCCCGAAAAGAAAUGUUGCAUUUAUUUUUGAGAUGGAAAGGAUAUGUAUCUAGUUUCUGACUACCAGAUAUUUGUCUAUCCUAACAGUGAUGAAGAAGAUUCCACAUCCGCAUCAAUGCCUCGUACAACAAGGGUACGCGCACAACCCAGCUUAUCCAAUGGAUCUGCUGCAAGCUUAUCAUCACCAAGUCCUAGGCCUGGUGGACUUGUUGACUAUGAAGAUGAUGAUGACGAUGAUGAAGACUACAAACCACCGCCAAGGAACAAGUCCGACAAAUCUGAAGACGAUGAAGGAAUUCUAGAAUUCAGAUUGAAAAGAAAACUUUCCGCUUCCAAACAAGAACCCGAUUUGGUAAAGAAACAGAGAUUGGGAGGGAAAAACCCCAAGUCCAAAGAAAGUGUGUUUGCUACAUUGUGCUCAACUCUAAGUCAAGCUGUAUUACCUUCAAAGAAAACACCAAAUGCCACAAAUUCCCCUAAUUCUCAAGAAAUGGACAAGGUACCUGAUGAAAAGAGUCACGAAGAUAAGGGUGAUACUAAUCUAAACGAGGAAAGCGAAGCAGAUAAAGGUGGCACAGCAGUUGCUAUAAAUGGAUCUUGAGUUAUUGAGGCUUUUCCUGUCAAAUCUGUUUUGUUUCACUUCAGCCUUAUGCUUCCGUGGAUGCAAUUUUCUUGAAAAAAGAGACCCGAAUGGCAGAUAAAAAAAGUGAAACAUUUCUUAGCAAUAUUCCCAGUAGUGGUGGGAGAGGAUACUGUACAGUACCAUUGCAAAGGCGGUGGCGGUGGUGGGGGGCGCUGCUUCCAUACUUUCCAGUCAGGUAAUAAGGUGUUGAUGCUAUUAUUAUCUCAUUGUAUAACGUUAUACUUGUGUUGUUGCAAUUUUGCUUAGCUUUCGAUCAACUUAAUGCUCCUCCUCAUUGAAGUGGGUUAGUUUUUAGCAACGAAUGUUAAUGUGAUAGGAUUGGGGUUAUAUGUGCAAAUUUUCCUGUGAAAGGUUUGCUGGAUGUAGUUGUUAUCUAUAUGUUGUACAUUACUAUUUUGAUGGAAGAUCAAAACAGCUUUCCCU